AAACAAGACAAAAAUAAUAAAUAAGAAAGUCAGCGUAAUGAUGAGAUGAGGAGCAUGAAAGUUUGACCUCACAUUGAUUUCAAUCUUUAACAUGACCUUACUCAAUAUAAAAUAUAAAAAAUCAAGGUUGUAUAUGUUUACAGAAUGUCUAUUUCUUUAUAAAAGAUGAUUUUAUGUAGAAAUUUGUAAAUCACAAGAAAUGACUUUGAGAGCUGGGUUGACUGUAGUGUUUUUAGUAAAUAAAUGGUUUUACAAAUGAUAAAUAAUACGCCAAUGUUAAACCAUGGCUAUAAUAAACAACAAUAGAACAAAAUAAAAUAAAUAAAUAAACUACAGUAAAACUAUGGUUACUUUUCUUAAGUGAAAUAUGAAUCACAUGGCAGUGAACCACCACCAGAGGACGCCAGUACACCAUUCAUAACCACAAGCUGUCAUAAAAUAAGAUAUUAGAGCUGUGAAUUGUAAAUGUAUAUCUGCUCAUAAAAACAAACAUACGGCUUAGAUAUACACAACAUUUAUGUCAAGUUAAUAAUUUCAUCAAACUUUUUUGAAAUUCUUAGGAAUUUUGAUGCGCGGACUAAACCACGCCCACUGAGACCCCACCCACGUAUAAAGUGAUGGAGCGCUCGAGCUCGAUAGUUUUAUUUGACUACUAGUGGUGAUGAAGAAGAAGAAGAUGAAGAAUGUGGUCUGUCUGACAACAAAAGUGUGAUUGAUUGAUUGAUUGACAGAUGAUCCAGGAUGCGCGGGAGCGCGUACGCGCCUGUGACCGCUGCUGUGCUGCUGCUCGUGACUUCAUCAACUCUGUUCUUCGUUUUUACGUGUCCAUGGCUCGCUCAGCACGUGUCUCUUACUCUUCCUUCAUGUGUUGGCGUCCUCUUCCUCUUUGUCAUGGCAAACUUCAUACGGGCAGCGUUUAUGGAUGCCGGUGUGUUCCCGAGGGCUGAUGAAGAUGAAGAUAAAGAUGAUGAUUUCUGUGCACCGCUCUAUAAGAAUGUGGAGGUGAGAGGAGUUCAGGUGCGCAUGAAGUGGUGUCCCACCUGUCACUUCUACAGACCACCGAGAUGUUCACACUGCAGUGUUUGUGAUCACUGUGUGGAGGACUUUGAUCAUCACUGUCCAUGGGUGAACAACUGCAUCGGCAGACGAAACUAUCGCUUCUUUCUGCUCUUUCUUCUCUCUCUGAGUCUUCACAUGGUGGCUGUUUUUUCUGGUGGUCUCCUUUAUGUCCUGGAUCAUCUGGAGAACCUGUGGCAGUUACACGCUGCUGUAGCUCUGUCAGUGGUGAGCGUGUCGGGUUUUUUCUUCAUUCCUGUCGCGGGUCUGACGUGUUUUCAUCUUGUGCUGGUGGUAAAAGGUCGCACCACCAAUGAACAGGUUACUGGGAAGUUUCACGGUGGAGUCAAUCCGUUUACACGCGGCUGCUUCGGCAAUGUGAAGUUUGUUCUUUUCAGCCCCAUAACACCGACAUACGCUGGAAAACUUUGGGAUAAAUUUCCUGUUCACAUUCCGCCUCCAUUGUCUCAUUGUGAUUCUCAUCAGGUCGCUGUAAAGACUAAAGACAACAACAUCCAGAAACAAAUACUACCGACUGAUGAAGAUGAAGUUAUUAUUGAUCCUGAUGUCAGUCCGCCUCCACUUCCACCUAAACCAGAUCCACUCGUGAUGAAGAAACACUUGGCAGCGCUGGAAGAGAGUCUGCUUCGGUCGAGGGCUAAACAUCAAACCUCUCAAUCAUCCAGCGCUGGCUUUUAUCAGAUUCCCAGACAUGAGAUUGGGAAAAAGGAUUCGGUUUGUGAAUCCAGUCUGCUGCCGUCUGAAGAUCAGAAGAUGAUUUCUAUCCAGCGUCUGCAGUCUCCAACACUGAAUCUGAACUCAAUGAACGAACACUCGCUCAGUCUCCGUGUAGACAGAGUCCAGCUGCGCAGUCAGCAGACAGAAACUCUCAGUAAUCGGGCCGGUAGUCUCUCCUACGACAGUCUGAUCCGUCCGGCUGAAGUCACCCAGCGAAGGCUGCUUCAUGUGGGUAACCAGACGCCUUUACUUCCUCUGGAUCCAAAUCCAUCCAGGGCUCCUGAUGACAUGAGGCGAACGCCAGCGCGCGCCUGCAGCCCGGUGUUUAUGAACAUAAGUCGACAUUCUCCGUCACCCGUUCACUACGAUAGCCUCCCUAAACCAGCGAUGAGCUCCAUCCAGGAGCACCGUGAGCCCGAUGACAAAUCCAAAUCCAAACCUUCUGUCGUUCUCGGAUCGGACGCCGGCGUCUAUGACACUCCCAGCAGACGCAGCCUGCAGUAUGAUUUUCGAGGGUCAUCUCGUGGCCCCACACCGCCUGCGUACGGUUCACGGGAGUUUCUCCUGAGCAGCGCCGCGUACGGUUACGUCAGCAGAUCUCAUCUCUCUUCAUCCGCCUCGCUCGGUCCGCGGACCUCCGGCUCACCGAUGCAUUUUAACGCAGCGCUUCAGGGUCGAUCUCUCUCGCCGUCUUUCUAUCAUUCACUGGACCGUCAAUCCCAAAUCUCUUCAUCCACAUUACCUGCUGCUCUUCAGAUCCCUCAAAACACUUUGACAUUCAACACUACCUGUGAGAGAAAAGACAUCAACCCAAACUGAGCGGUUUAAAACUUUACAAGAAUAUUUCUAGUUUUCAGUUCAUGGUUAAGUUUCAUUUCAAUCGAAGUCAUUUUUGUACGUUUUAUUGUAGUAAUUAUGUAGAAAUGUGUGCGUUUGCUGGUAAAACAUUGUAAGAAACUUGUUGUGGUAUUCCCUUCAUUAAUUCUUUGUCUAUUUGUAUGUAGAUUUGUAUUUUUAUUUAAAGGUGCAGUGUGUAAAUUUUAGUGGCAUCUAGUGGUGAGGUUGCAAAUUGCAACCAAAGGCUCAGUCCACUGCUCAAACACAUAGAAAAGCUACGGAUCGCCAGAGACAACCUAGUAAAAAAGUUUGUCCAUUAAAGGGAUAGUUCACUUUAAAAUAAAAAUUCUGUCAUCAUUUACUCACCCUCAUGUUGUUGUAAACCUGUAUGAAUUUCUUUUUUUCUGAUGAACACAAAAGAAGAUAUUUUGAGAAAUGAUGGUAAACACACAGCAGAUAGUGACCAUAGACUUACUUCUAUAGUAGGAAUAAAAAAAUAUGAUGUAAUUUAAUGGGUACCGUCAACUGUGUGUUUAAUGAAGUUCUAAACGUAGGUUCGGGAGGAGCCUAAAACAUUCAGUCCUGUCAAUCAUCCGGAUAGCCUAUUUAAGCGAGUUAAUCUCCACGCCUUACAUUGACGAUUCAUCCGGCAUCCCUCCUCCUCCCCAAUUCUCCUCCUUUAUGUUGCCUAUUUCUCUCUCUGCUCAAUGUUAAAAAGGGGGGAUUUCUGAACUUGGGGCUCGAGCCGAGUCUCGGGUUCGAGCUCCCUCUGAGGACAGCAAGCCAAAUUUUACUUUACCAUCAUACAAUAGACUGAAUGCGCAGGCGAACUAGUGAACCAUCAUUUAUCAAAAUAUCUUCUUUUUUGUUC